UCAGAGGCGUCGGAUCGAUUCGCUGCGGCCCCGAGACCCCGCCCAGACACGCUGCAAACGUCACCGGCCUGCUCAUCCGACACACCGGAGCUCUUCAGUCCGGCGACCUGUUCUGCUGACGGUUCCGACGAGCUCUUUAGCGCAUUGAGACACUCUUCUGACGUUUCUGGCAAGCUUAACAGUCGGGCGAGCCUCUCUCCCGAAGGUUCAGGCGGGCCCUCUAGUGUGGCCAGGCAGGUGGAGCAAGGAGGUGUAGUCCUGGAGGCCACGGCACACGGCGUGCUGUGCUCGCAGGAGGCAGACGAUCACAUCUCGUGGCCCGGUUCAAAAAGAGCUCGUCUCUGCGAGGCCGUGGGAUGCGAUGCAGAUGGCCCGGAUGCGGACACUGGCGAUGUCGGCGGCACGGGUGAGGACCGGUGUCGUUCUUCCACAACACUUCUGGUCCAGUGCACUGAAGCAACGACUCGCUAUCGGGUUCUGGUUGCCGUGGUUCAUCCCUGUCAAUUGAAGGAAAUCAAGGUGAAGCGCGGACCCUCUGCCGGGUCCUUGGUGCCCCUGGCCAGCCUGGUGGUGACGGACCAAUCGGGCGUGGACAUGACGGUGCUGCUGUGGCGACGGGCGGCGUUCUGGGCGGCCGCCGUCGGCGCUGGAGAUGUUGUCUUCAUCACAGGCCUGCAGCUGAGCGAGGACACCUGGAGGGGAGAGAAGAUACUGCAGUCCACCUUCAGCAGCAAACUGCUCAACUUGGGUCAUAUCAGUGCCCCCAGCUGCCCCCCAGGUGGUCAGCAUGUAGCUGCUGGCUCCGUCUCUGCUCUCUGUGACUUCCUUGGAGCGCGGCGCCCCCUGCUCUCGUCCACGCCCCGUCGCCCCCCUCAGGAUCUGAAGCGCCUGCCGUACGCCCCCCUGUGGCAAUGCAGGGUCAACACGCUGGUCCACGCCCUACUGCGUGUCAAACACGCAUACAUCAGCAAGGAGUGGCGAGCAGAGGCGGAGUCUUGCCGCAGGUCCGCUCUGGAGCCUCACGCGGUGGCGAGCGUGGAGGGGGCCGGCGGCCAACGGGGGGCGCUGCUGCUGUGGGGUUCAGCUCUGGACUGGCUUCCACGCUUCAGGACUCAUCCAGACGCCGUGUGGGACGUCCGCUUCCUCCUGGUCAGGGAGGGCUCGAACACCGACCUCCCCGAGCUUCACACCACCCCGUGGAGCGCCGCCCGCCGAGCGGACGGCGCCGACCGCCGGCUCGGCGGCUUCCUGCGUCCGAGCGGUAGCGGCGUGGAGAUGGAUGUGGACACGCUGCUGUCGCAGCAGUACUCAGGCGACGCGUUGCUCAGAGUGCAGGUCCACGCCUUCCGCUUCCAGCCCUUUCACGAUGCGCCGCAGGCGAGCCUGGACCGCGCCUCGCCGCGCUCCGCCAUCCUGGCGGCGCUGAGCGGAGACGUGACGUAUUCGGGCUGUGGCCGGUGCUCCGCCGAGCUCGACGCCGACGCCAAUGGAAUUUACGGUCCGUGCUACCCGUGCCUGCCCGCCAGUGCCGUACGCCGCUACUACAGGCCGGCCGUGCUGACGGUGAGCGGGCAGGGCGCCGUGCGCGUGUGCGUUCAGGUUCCCGCUGUCGCCGUGCAGAAGAUUCUGGACGUGCCGCCCGAUAGGCUGCUGAGGAACGCAGCUGCAGGCUCUGACGUCAAGUACGUCCAGGUGGCGGCAGAGAGGCUCCACGACCUCCUGUGGCUUCCCGGGAAAAGCGUGGUCAUCGGCGUCCGCAGCCUCUUCCUGUGUGACGAGAACAGCGCCCCCGUCAGUCAAGAGUUAACGCUGCUCGACCUGCGCGUUCCCCCCGACACGUGAACACGCCUCAGGUCAGGUUGCUCAGUGUAGCACAGUCUGAAGGGAUGGACGAGCGCAAGAUUGCAGGAAAGGCGGCCUGACGUCGGGCGGGCGGGCACGAGGGAGGGGACGACUUCCCGCCUGCAGCUCUACUUUCCUUCGGAUGCUUCUUCUGCAACUUCCAGCAGAUCGCCAAACAAAUCUGACGCCACACAAGAUAAACAACAUUUCUGCAGCUUGACUUUGAAAUGCACACACGCCACCUCAGUGGCGCUUUCAACGCAACAUUGAUCAAUCUGGCUCAACGCGCGUGUGUUGUUUGACUUUGUAGUGAACAUGUUAUACACACAUUCUAGACGUGUUGUAAACACGGUUUACACAUUUUCUCGCCGAUGAAUGCAUUUUAUCAAUGAAUUGGAUCUUAUUUUCAGAAGCUUCCAUAUUUCAAAAGUGUGCACUGCUAUCACUAACAACGUGACUGCAAAAAGAGAGAGCUACUUUACAAAAGCAACUUGAGAAUGUGCGCGUUUGCUAUAUGAAGGCACUUUUCCUAUUUGUCCAUACAAGAGCGGAAUCAUUUUCACAUUGUUUAGCGCUUGAGAAGAAAGGAGCUCGCUGGAAGGCGAUCACGGCGCCAUUCGCCAAAGACGUGCUGCGCAUUUCUACGUGUACACACAUUUUGACCCGAGGUAUGUGCUGUGGUCUGUUGCCUUGCCUAACCUUUCCAACUCAGGAUGAGGAAAGAGUGGGCUUGGGGGACCAAACCUGUUUACAAUAAUGACAUUGUAAUUUGGUUAAUAAUCAAAGGGGCGAAAAUGCCAUUGGAAUCGGAAAUUGAACGUUUGGGGUAAAAAAAAAAUGGAAUCAAUAGUUACAAUUUGUACAGUCCAAAUUUUCCCCGAUAAUGAAAGAACAUACUGUAUGUACGUGUCCAUUACUCUGACCGUAACGUGAAACCAGUUGUAUGUUUACUUUGGCUUAGUUUUAUAUAUCGAAAAUAAUCAAACAAAAAGAGAGAAAAAAAAUAAUCAAGAAAUCAAAUGAAUAUUACAAAACAAAAACUAAGAGCCUGCCUCCAUUAGUUCUGCGUCUUCCUUAUUAUUUUGGUAAUUUUGACCUAGACUCUUAAACUCAUUGUAUACGUCAGUGUGUGUUUUACUGUUGGUGUGUCUGUCUUCAACCAUUUUUUGGCGAAAAGAUUAUUUCUUUUCUUUUUUGGCAUUCUCAUUUGUGUGUGUGUGUGUAUUCUCUUAAAAACACUUUUUAUGGACGAUUGUGUUUUGUUUUUGUUGACGACGUGUUGUUACGAUGCGCACGCUCACCUCCCGUGCCGCCGGCUCCCCCUCCCGAGCCGCCGGCUCCGCCUCCCGUGCCGCCCGGUCCGCCUCCUGCCCCUCCCCCUGGGCUGUCUAGCUCGCUGAACAAUCCGUCGAAACCCGACGCCUUGGCCUUCUUGUCGUCGUCGUCUCUGUCAAAGAUUUUGGAGAAGAAGCUUCCCUUGUCGUCGUCGUCGUCGUCGUCGUCUUUCUUCUU